UUAAAAUUUAUUAAAGAAAUGGUGGAGUGAAGUAAAUUAUUCUAACCUGGUUGAUAGACUUAAGUUUUAUAACGUGAUUGGAGAGAAAACACCCAAAAUUACCGUAUCAAAAUGGCAUUAAAUGUUAUCACAAGUUUUUUAAAGCGCAAAGAUGCUGUCAAAGUGUUACUCCAAAGUAUCAAACAAUCUACUGAAAGAAACCUAUUUGAUGUUGGAACCUGCAGACCAAUAUUGAGUGUAAACAUUCACAAAUUUUACUCAGUAAAAACUGUGGAGCAGAAAGAUGUAGAUGAAUACCGCAAUGAACACAAUAUAACCGUUAUAGGUAAAGACAUACCUAAUCCAUACACAGAUAUUGACAAUAGUGAGUUUCCAGAUUAUAUUAAGGACUUCUUAAGGAAAGAAGGCUUUAGCAAACCAACAGUGAUACAGUCACAGGGAUGGCCUGUUGCCCUAAGUGGACAAAACUUUGUUGGUAUUGCACAAACUGGGACUGGAAAAACUUUAGCUUACCUGUUGCCUGCAAUCAUGCAUAUAAAAGAGAAAAAUGCUAGAAAAGGCAAAGGUCCCAUAGUACUUGUGUUGGCUCCCACCCGGGAGUUGGCUAGACAGAUCGAGCAAGUGGCCAAAGCCUUUGAGAGACUAUUGUACAUCCGUUGCGCUUGCAUAUAUGGAGGUGCCAGCAGAAAUGUACAAGCUCAAAUACUACAGCAGGGUGUUGAUAUUGUCAUUGCCACCCCUGGAAGGUUGAAUGAUUUCCUUAUGAGUAAAGUGACAACCCUGUCUCGGUGUACCUAUGUGGUUUUGGAUGAAGCUGACAGAAUGCUGGACAUGGGCUUCGAGCCUCAGAUCCGGCAAGCACUGGAAGGGGUUCCCCUGGAGAGGCAGAUCAUGAUGUUCUCUGCCACCUGGCCCAAGGAGGUGCAGCAUUUAGCUGAGGACUAUUUGGGGAAGUUUGUGCAAGUCAAUGUUGGUUCAACAGAACUGUCUGCUAAUCAUAACAUUCAGCAGAACUUCCAUUUCUGUGAACAAAUGGAGAAGAUGGACAAGCUGAAAUCAAUAAUUCACGACAUAGCUGGAGAAGGUUUUGGAAAGAUUUUGAUUUUUGCAAACACUAAAAAGUUUGUUGAUAAUUUAACCUUUAUGCUAAAGAAGAAUGGCUGGCCAGCAAUGGGCAUCCAUGGUGACAAAUCACAGAACCAGAGGGAUUUCAUUAUACAAAAGUUUAAAAAGGGAAGCUGUAAUAUUCUAGUUGCAACUGAAGUGGCGGCCAGAGGUCUUGAUGUGGACGGAGUGACGCACGUGGUGAACUUCGACUUCCCCAACACGUCCGAGGACUACAUCCACAGGAUCGGCAGGACCGGCCGCUCUAGCAGCAAGGGGGUGUCCCACACCAUCCUGACCGAUGAAGACGAGCGGCAGGCCAAAAGCUUGAUUGCUGUUCUAGAAGAAGCCAAUCAGGAAGUACCACAGGAGCUAAAAGACAUGGCGCGAUCAUUCUCCCUCUCGAAGUCGAAGAAUAAUGAGUAUAAAUGGAACAGGUCUGGCUCCAAGCCAAGCUAUGGCAACAAGUGGAACCGAUACGGCAACAACUACAAUAGCAAAAAUAACUACAAUAGCAAUAACAACAACCGGAACAACUAUAGAAGCAACCGCAGCCUCUCGCGCGAAAGCAAUACCUACUAUUAGAGUAGAUUGGGAAGUCUGUAGUUGUAAGUAGAUAUGUACCUUAUUAUGUGUAGUGUUUAUGUUAUAGAUAAAAUUAAUAAAAGUAUUGUCGAAAA